CCUGACGCGAUUGCUUUCUUCCUGCUAAUUGCAGGUUUUAAUUUUCCAAUGAAAACCCGAGCGGCACAUCCUUACCGUUACUCGGGUGGGAAAAACGGGAUGCUUUUAAUAUAGCAGCUGCACAGCUAGAAGGCACUUCUGUCUGGGGUGAUAUAGGACAACCAACUAUGGCAUGAUACUCGAAUCUCAAGACAAGAGUUGGAAAGCUCCGGCAAAUAAGAUUUACUGCGAUAUAUCAGCAAGUCUUCCAGCUGGUGCAUAAUCCACAGCCAACGUAAACACGCGAGCGCCAUUUCCGGGCUCGUGAUAGCGGCUAUAGUGGAGCGAGAGGUCGGAGCGAGAGGAGCGGGAAGUGGAGCGGUGGUGUCGGUUAACAUUCCCGGGGUGGUCGACGACGGCAUGGCAGCGGGAAAGGGAGCUGGGAAGCCCGCCUCGCUGUGGGACAAUAUGAGGUUACGGUUCAUCGUUUGCUUCUUCGGAGUCUUCGUGUGCUACUUUUAUUACGGAAUAUUGCAAGAGACGAUCACUCGAGGUGAUUAUGGUCACGAGAAGUUCAGAUUCGCCCGGACGCUGGUCUUCAUCCAGUGCAUCAUCAGUUGUGUCUUUGCAAAGAUCUUGAUCCAGUUUUUUGAGAGCUCCAAGCCAGAUCACACGAAGAGCUGGCUCUAUGGCCUGUGCUCGCUCUCUUAUCUUGGAGCCAUGGUGUCCAGUAACUCUGCCCUUCAAUAUGUCAACUACCCCACCCAGGUUUUGGGGAAAUCCUGCAAGCCCAUACCAGUGAUGAUCCUCGGUGUGACAAUACUGAGGAAGAAGUAUCCACUGGCUAAAUACCUGUGUGUGUUGCUGAUUGUGAGCGGUGUUGCUCUUUUUCUCUAUAAACCCAACAAGAGCUCUGCUGUUGCUGAUGACCAUAUUUUUGGCUUUGGAGAGAUUCUGCUGCUGGUCUCUCUGACAUUGGACGGUUUGACUGGUGUGGCCCAGGACCACAUGAGGGCUCGCUUCCAGACGGGUGCGAACCACAUGAUGCUGAACAUCAACAUGUGGUCCAGUCUGGUGCUGGGACUAGCGGUGUUGUGGACAGGGGAAGUGUGGGAAUUCCUGAGUUUUGCAGAGCGUCACCCGGGCAUCUUUUACAAUAUAUUUCUGUUUGGAGUCACCAGUGCUUUAGGCCAGACCUUCAUCUUCAUGACAGUUGUGUACUUUGGGCCUCUGACCUGCUCCAUUGUCACAACUACGAGGAAGUUCUUCACCAUCCUUGGCUCUGUUAUUUUGUUUGGCAAUGUAAUGACUACAAUGCAGUGGGUUGGCACCAUUCUCGUAUUCCUCGGUCUUGGAAUGGAUGCUAAAUUUGGCAAAGCCCCCAAGAAGACUACACACUGAAACAUCUGGCGCACAUGAGGAAAAAAAAGAAGAGAAACACUACAUUGGAAACACUCUAUAGCCAGUAUAUUAUUUUCAUAAGACAUCAUGUACAGGCACACUAUAUGUGCCUAUGACUUGUUGAACUAUGGUCAGAUAUUUUACUGCAUAUAAAAGAGAGUCGCUGUAGUUUUCAACUCCAGCUUCUGUUGUGUACAGUUGAUAUACUGAAGAGAUGCAUUAUAUGGGAUCAAGUCCAGAAUGAGCUGUGACACAACUUGCAAUCCUUUUUGUGGAAGAAUUUGAACUGGCUGAAAUGCACAGGUGUAAACCUUAUUUUAUUCAGACAAAUCUUUAUUGUUUCUGAAACCAGCUCACCUGCCUUGGAUUGAUGUUGAACCAAACAAGGCCUUAGAAAUACAUUUCCAGCAGUUAACCCAUGAAAUUACACCAAAUGGUUUACAAAUGGAUGCUUGAAUGUGUGUAAUUGUAACAUUUAGUUUGUCUGAGAAAACAAUUAGUAAGUUUAAUGUCCUUUAUGAAAAUUUAGAUGGUUGUAUGUCGCCUGUUGUCUUAUGUCCAGUCUUACUAUUAAAUUGUAUUUACGUUUAUUUUCUAAAAUUGAAAAUUACUUGCCAUAAAAGGGAAAUUAUUAUA